CGCUGCUCUCUAAUUCCCCUCCCGAUAUUUUUUCCGUGCUCGAGCCUUGAUCUGAAAACAAUGGAGGAGCGUUGGUUCCAGAAGGAAGAUCGGUGGAAGGACAGAGCACUUUGUGUACAGCACCGCCUCAGAGAUCGUUUUCGAGUAGCCAUCGACAAACACCGUCGCCGGCAGCGGUCCAAUGGGUACGUUUCGUCUGUUAUGGAACGCUGGCUUCAACGUUUUCGCCAUUUCCGAAGUGAAACAUUAGCUAAUUCUUCCACUUUUUAUCGUAAGAGAGUUAUCAACGGCUUUGAUACACCUGAGGAUUCAGUUCUCACCCAAAUGCUUCAAGCUGUAGCUGUUCCUAUUAUUGGAAAUGUUUGCCAUGUUUUCAUGCAUGGCCUAAAUCAUGUGCAGAUAUAUGGAGGUGAAAAAUUGCAGCAAGCAUUUAAUAGACCAGAGAAGACACCACUUAUCACAGUUAGCAAUCAUAUUGCCUCCAUGGAUGAUCCACUAGUUAUUGCUGCACUCCUUCCUUCAAGUGUUCUUCUGCAUGCCCGUAACUUGAGAUGGACACUGUGUGCUAGUGAUCGAUGUUUUCGUAAUCCAGUGACUUCUGCAUUCUUUAAGUGUGUUAAAGUUCUUCCUGUUUCUCGCGGUGAAGGAAUUUAUCAAAAGGGUAUGGAUGUUGCUAUCACAAAACUGAACAGAGGUGGGUGGGUCCACAUAUUCCCUGAAGGCAGUCGUUCACGAGAUGGUGGGAAAACUAUGGGCUCUGUGAAGAGAGGCGCUGCAAGGUUAAUCCUGGAUGCAGAUAAUGCACCCAUGGUUGUUCCAUUUGUGCAUGCAGGGAUGCAAGAGAUAAUGCCCAUUGGAGCCACGUUUCCUAGGGUUGGCAAAAUGGUCACAAUACUUGUUGGUGAUCCGAUUGAUUUCAAAGAUCUGCGGGAGUUGGAACAGGACAACAAUGUACCAAGGGGAAAUCUAUAUGAUGCUGUGUCUUCAAGGAUCAGUGAUCGUCUAAUGAAACUAAAAGCACAAGUUGACAAAUUAGUUGAACUUCGAACUGAUAAACAAGAUGUACUAAUGGCGGAACAUUUUGAUACCGGAUAUGAAGAAGACAAUCGUUAUUUUAGGGUCGGAUUUUCUUGCCAAGGGUCCGGUAGGAUUACUAUGGACCCCACCGAGCUUAUGGGUUUUGCAGCAAGAGGCUUGUUUAUGAAUCAGAGAAUGAAGGAAAAUGUUCAACCUUCCAAAGCUUGGAACAGUUUUUGGAAGCAAAGUCAUGGAUCAAUCUCCAUGUUGGCAUGUGCCAAUUGACUUUUGACCUUUUUUUUUUCUUCUCCUUCAAAGGAAUAGGGUGGUGGGUGGCUUAUUGGAUCAAGAGUUGAGGUGGUACUUCCAUUGUAAGAUGUUUAUGGAAGUCCCUGCAUCUACUUCUAAUAUGUUAUGGUUCAACAAAUUUGCCACCACUAUAGUGUACUACUAUAAUAAAUCAAUACUCAUGGUGAUAGGCGGGUUGGGUUUUGGUGAGAAGAGAAAUUAUGGUGAGAAACAUAAGAAGAGAUCUCCACUCUUGGAUCAAUCAUAAUUAAAUGUUAACACAAUGAGGUGCACCGAGAUGCAUUAGAUCAAUUCAUUUUUAAAGCACAAUUAAUGGGUGAACAUGAGAUUAAAAGGGACAAGGGUUCAGAUUUUUUCUUAUGCUUCUCACCACUUGUCUAUUUUCUUUGUUAAAUUUCAAAUUAAAUAGUUUGCUUUUGUAAAAUAAGUUAUAGUCAAUGACAAAAUUCUAUCU